AUGUUUUCGGGGCUUCAAACCAAGCAACAGGUGGCAGGUAGCUUUGAGGGAAGCACCACCGCCAAAAAAGAAAACCCACCUCCAAGUAUCCCGCCUCAACAUAAGGUUAGGAUAACCGGAAGAAUACAUGCUACCAGCUCUCAGACGGUAAACGACGUCGUUUGUGGAAUCCUAAGCAUCACGAUGAGACGUUUGAGAAAAGUAUCCGCCGUUGAUCGCCGGUGGAGAUUCCUGUGGUCCCCGACCACGGAUUGUUCGCUGGCUCCUUUAAUUUAUUUGUUGAAAUGGAUAACUCUCAUUUUCAAUUCCAACUCACCAACACGUAUUCAUCCUCAAAUCUCCGCUUAUAAAUCCACCACACAAAAUCCAUAUCCAAAAAACUCUAACACAAACAAUCUCUUCACAUCAAUGGCUAUUUCGACUACAUCUGCAUCUUCCUUCUUUACUUCCCCUAAUUUCUCCCUCAAUUUAAACUCAUCGUCAAAAUCGAGUUCAAACUCCGUCAACUUCCGAAGAGCUCCGAUUUCAGCUGCUUACGCCACCGCUGAGAAAACGGAGACAAUUAGAUCAUUCCGUAAUAACACUCCUUCCUCAUUGUACGAAGUGCUCGGAGUUCCAAUCGGAGCUGAUACACAGGAGGUGAAAGCUGCGUAUCGGAGAUUAGCGAGAGUUUUGCAUCCUGAUGUCGGAAGGAUUGACUCGUCGGCUGAUGAGUUCAUGAAAGUACAUUCAGCUUAUGCUACGCUAACAGAUCCGGCGAAACGAGCGGAUUACGAUCGAACUCUGGUGCAGAGACGCGCGGGUUGUUCGUCUCCGGUGAGUUUUUCCGGCGGAUAUAGGAGUCGAAGAUGGGAGACGGAUCAGUGUUGGUAG